AUGGGGAAGGGCGGGGCGAGGGCUCUGCAGGAUGAGAAGGCGCUCCUGGCGGAGCUGGGGAGGCUGUUCCACGUGGCCCGGGCGAACGCUCGCGAGCAGCGCAACACGCAGCGGGCGGACGCAAAACGGCAAAAGGCGCCCGCGGCGACCGCGGCGGCGAGUGCGACGGGGCGUCCGCCGCGGAUAGGCUCCAAAAAGUCGCGGAAGUGCGCCCGCGGGGGGACCGUGUGGGUGGUGCUGAAGGGCGGCUUCGCCCGCGUGCCGACGUCGGAGAAGGCGAGCGCGGUGGCGCACAACAGCGUCUUUCGUGGCCGCCUCUCGGAGCGGCGACGGGUGCAGGCGCUUGAGCGGGCGGAGGAGUACAUUAAAACCGCGUGGCAGCAGGCGCAGGAGGCGGGGCUCCUCCUCGACGACGGCAGUGGGCCUAACGGGGACGAGGGACUGCAGUACCUCCGCGAGCAGUACGAGGUUGCCGCCGGAAUGCUUCGCCGGGAGCCGGUGGGCGCACUCCUGCGACAAAUCGUUGAGCAGACGAUUCCUAGUUAUGCCGCGCCGUCCGCCGCGGCCGCAGCGCCGGCGGCCCCCGCGCGACUCACGCAGGAUGAGUGGGCAGGCGUCAUUGCAAGAGAAAACGCUAUCCUGAGGCGCUUUGCCCCGCCGGCGGGCACGGAGGCGGACGCCGCCGCGGCCGUGCUGCACGAGGCGGCGCAGGUGCCAGCGCGCUACUACUUCCCCGUCGCCGAGCCGUUGGCGCCGCUGGAGCGGGUCUCGGCGGCAGCGACGACGACGGAGGGGUAUCGCGACACCGGCGGCGACGCCCCCGGCGGAGAGCAGGCGCGGGAUGUGCUGCCGACCAAGUGCAUCGUGCGCAUUCGAGGGAGUGGCAGGCAGAAGCACACCGCCAUCCUCACCUCCACCAAGUCGGUGAACUACUUCAAGUCAAACUUUAUGCAGGUGGUCCGCAAGGAGCUCAGCGGCUCUAAACUCCCCCGCGGCGACGACGCCGUGGAGGGCAAGCAGCAUCCGCCGCACCAGCAACAGGCGAGUCACAGUGCGGCUGCCGAAAGCGGCGCCACGGGCUCGUCGAAGAAGAAUUCUAAACGACGACGUAAGUGA